AUGACGUCGUCACGAGCAGUUAUUACGGUGCUAGUGCUAAUGGGCUUAGCGAUCAAAGGCUAUGAAGCGAGUUUCAACAUUGCACGCCCAUUCCGUACCGUACCGGUCGCGGAUUCUACCAUCAACUCCGCCCAGGUGGAAUUGCAGAUGAUGGAACUUAAACUUCAAAUCGAUCAAAGCAUCGAAUAUCUGCGGCACAAAUUCCAUGCAAUGGUUCAAAAACUGAUGGCAGAAAAAAGUGUCUGUUGUGCUAAAGGCGUUCCAAAGGAUGUGAGCGAUUUGAAGGAGAAGCUACUCCUUAACACCUCCAAUCAGGAAUGUUUCAACCAGGAUAUAGAUAGGCUUCGAACCGAUGUGCUUGAAGAGCUGAAAGCAGUACGCGAAGGACAGAUGCGCGUGUCCGAUCGGCUUGGAAAUGUUUCGUCGUCGCGUGAAAUUAAAGUCGCACGACUUGCGCAUCAGCUCAGGGAAACCGCGCUGAACACACAAGUGUACCGGCAAAAUCCGGACGAUAAGGUGAACGGGUCGUUCUACGUCAAAACGACUCGCGCCGCCAAUCACGCCUACGGUGACGAUUGGAUUAUCUUUCAGCAGCGAUAUGACGGUACGGUUAACUUCUACCGCAACUGGACCGAAUAUCGAGACGGUUUUGGUGAUUUCGGGGGCGAGUUCUGGCUCGGGCUGGAGAAACUGUACCGCAUACUGAACUCAGGGUCACAGUACGAGCUACUGAUCGAGCUGGAAGACUUUCGGGGUGUAACAGCGUUCGAGCAUUACGAUGAUGUGCUCAUUGGCGAUGAGGGUGAAAACUAUGCGCUUAAGCAGCUCGGUAAGCCAACGGGAACGGCCGGUGAUUCGCUUGCGAUACACAAGGGCAUGAACUUUAGCACGUACGACCACAAAACGAACGAUUGUCCUACGUUUUAUCAUGGCGCUUGGUGGUUCUUACAGUGUUACGAUGCCCAUCUUAACGGGGAGUAUCUGAUAGGGAAACAGACUUCAAGGAGAGGAAACAUAUGGCACACAUUUCGUGGUUCGUUCGAGUCAUUGCAAGCGACUAAAAUGAUGGUUCGUGCUUUGUCUAUAAUCGAUCGCGGUAAAAACAAUCUAAAAGAUGAAAAACUAGGCGAAGUGAUAUAA